AAAUUGUUUAAUGUUGUCUGUCACUGUGAAAGUUAUUUCUUUAUAGCAACAUAAGAACAACCUAACACAAACAGUAUGAGUAAAACACAAAUUAGUAUUGGAAUGCUGUGGCCUAGGCAGUGGCUUCACUUCCCUGGCUCACCAAAAAGGUGUUCAGGGAGGGUCCUUUAAACCUCAGGUAGGUAUAGUGGGCCUUAAGGGCCCACAGCCUCUGAGUCUCAGCUGAGAUGCUCACCAGCACUGCCAUCAGUACUGGACACUGUAAUGUGCCACUCAGAUCCCAUUCAGGACUAAAAGGCUUAUUCCCCACGCUGUGGCACAGUCCUCAGCCAUCAGCCCCCUCCAUGUAUUGCCUUGGCUGAGAAAGCUGCAGCACCCCAGGCUCUAUGCCCUUCCCCAGGGUAACAUGUCCCCAGUCUCUGGCCCAUUCAGGGAUACAAAAGCCUAGUACCCUUACCUUCAACUCAGCACAACUUUGAGGGGCCUUGUCAGCUUCUGAGUUUCUAGUCAGGUUGGUUAAGGUCUUUCACUGGAACUAUCACAACCCAAUUUCUCAACUCUAUCCUGUUUCUGUUCCUUCUUUUUCACAGGUGUUAAUCUCAAAAGCACUUCCUAAUAGGUAUGCUACAUAUCCUAUCCUCAUCUCCAUCUCAGAGUCUGCUUUUCUCAGGCAACCAAACCAGACACACCUGCCAACACCUUCUCUUGGAAGCUUAUGCAAGCUGCUAGAAAAGCUCAGCAAUGAAUGAACCCUCACAACUUAUAAUCAGGUUACAAAUGGAUUAUUCCACCACUUCUUUACUCUCAGGUCAUCACCCAAAGACGUUUUCAAAAAAUUCAUGUUGAUCUUUUGAAAGUAUAUUUUCUCAAAUUCCUACACGUACAGAGAUCCUGAUCCUGAUUUACACAUGGACAGAAGUCCACACUGCUACACUACCACCCCACGUCAUGGACAGAAGUCCAUGUGUAAAUCUCAAUUUAGCAGCCAAAGAUCAAAAUGGAAAUUCUUGCUAGACAAAAGGUUGGGGAAGCCUGAAAAGCAGGAAUAAGAAUCAAACAAAAACGAAGAUUUUAGUAAACUACCUGCAAAUAGCAAACAGAUGUCAAAAUAUUUGGGCAGACCACCACAAGACAUUGUAUGACCACAGAAACACAGGGCACUGACAUGUGGUCUGUCCCUGGUGGUAGUUCUACCUCUUGACUUCUGAGCAGAUAGAGGAAGUUGCAGGGUCCCUCCUUUCUCUCUGACUCUCUGGUCUUCUCUGCAAUUCUCUUUCUCCAAGGGAGAGGCUUGGGGAAUCCAAAAGACCUGGAUGCCAUUUGAGACUCAUCACAUACCAGUUAUGUGAACUUAAACAAGUUAUUAACCUCUCUGAGUCUCACUUUCCUUAUGCAAGAAAACUUCUGCAGUGCAGUCGGCAGGAAUAAAAACAUUAAUGAACAUCACUUACAGAGCCACGCAGAGCAGGCCACAGCACAGUGCUUAACAUUCUCACCUUAGCUGCACACUGGGGAACUUCAAAAAAAUACUGAAGCCUGGAGGGCACCCACAAAGAGUCUGAUAUCAUCAUUUUGGGGUGCUGAAGCAUCAGAAAGGUUUAAAGUUCUCCAGGGGAUUCCAAAGUGCAGCCAAGAUUGAUAACUGUUGUUCUAUGCAGAUUAUUUUAUUUAAACCAGAUACUACUCUAAGAGUUCAGUCCAAUUAUCCCCCUUCACCCUCCUUCCCUCAUUUCUACAGACAAGGGGAUUGAGGUUUAGAAAGGUUAGAAGAUUAUGCAAGGGUACAGAGCUAGCAAGGGGCAAAGCUGAGAUUUAAGUUCACACAGCAUGACUCCCAGGACCUAACACAUUAUGGCCACACUGCUACACUACCACUCCAUGUCCUGAAUGUGAAGAAAUGUCUAGCAUGGUCUCUAGCAUGCAGAACAUGCUCCAAAUUUGAGGGCUAAGUUUGUUUGUUGUUUUUUAGCAUCCCUCCUCUCCAUUUCUUGCUCUUCACAAUCCCCAGCCCAAAAUAUCACUUGGAGUUCAGUAGAAGUGAGCAAUGGAUAAGAUUUAGAAGCAUAGUUAGAAUGGAUCUAGAAAAAAAAAAUGUUCUUUUUUCCUUUUUUCGCCUUCCUAAAUCCCCACCGUAAGCACACACUUGUUGUAUCAGUUUGUUCUCAUGCUGCUAAUAAAGACAUACCUGAGACUGGGUAACUUAUAAAGGAAAGAGGUCUAAUUGACUCACAGUUCCACAUGACUGGGGAGGCCUCACAAUAAUGGCAGAAGGUGGAUGAGGAGCAGUCACAUCUUACAUGGCGGCAGGCAAGAGAGAACUUGUGUAGGGGAACUUUAUUAAAAACCCUUUAUAAAACUAUCAGUUGUUGUGAGACUUAUUCACUAUCACAGAACAGCACGGGAAAGACCUGCCCCAAUGAUUCAAUAACAUUUCACCAGUUCCCUCCCAUGACCACGUGGGAAUUAUAGGAGCUACAAUUCAAGAUGAGAUUUGGGUGGGGACAGAACCAAACCAUAUCACUUGUUUUACAUUUAAAGUCUUUUAAAAUAAUUAUUACAAAUACAAUAUUGAAAAUAUCAGAAUCUAAGGAGACAUUUUUCUACCAUCCCUUCUCAAGUGUAAGUAAAUGCUUUCAUUUGCCUAUGUCAGCUUCUGAGCCUUGUCCAUGAGCAUCUAUGAUUUUUAUGUUUACAUUGCCAUAAUAUAAUUAUAUAUUUAAAAUAGUCAUCCACAUGAUGUCAUAUAUUUUCAGAAGAUUUGUCCUAUAACCCAAUUAAGCAGCCUGGUACAGCUCUGUAGAUAAUGGAGGUAAUUUUACCAUUAACUUAGCCUAAGAUAUUUUCAUUAAAGGUUUCCCUUUUAAGGAAAAAAUGUACUUAACCUGGUUACUCUGAAAGCUAAUAUAAAAAUGUAUAAGCCUGUAGAGGUCACACAACAUGAUGUUUGUCUUUCCUUAUCUGCUGUAUGUCCCUCAGUGCCCACAUGCUUCAUCCCCCUCACCCCCAUGCUUGGCACAGAGCAGGAGUUCAAAAAAUAUUUGACGCAUGAACAAAUGAUACUUUUCUUGGUUGUACAGUGAAAUUACAAAAUAGGAUUUCUCAGGAACUGGGGCAGAAGACUCCAAAGUUAGGCUUGAGAACAGGGUAGGAUGGACAACAGCAAAGCAGGCAGGAAAGGCAACCGGAAACCCCAUCAUAAAGGCCAGCUACAGUGCCUGAGAGGAAAUGUGUGGUUUCCUGAAUUGCACUUGUUCAAAACCUUCAACCUUAAAGCAUGACAUAUGUAAACCUUGUCAAGGACCCACAGCUGGCCCAACAGUCACACUUUGGGGUUGUUUUCUUUAAAAGUUAUUUAUAAUCUUAGGGCUCCUAGGAUAAAUACAGAGUUGUAAGCCACUGUAACAUGAAAAUAAAGCUGCAAAGAAUUGAAGUAGGUACGCUUCAGAAGAACAACCCAUGCAAUAUUCCUAGAGGAAGGAUUCUUACGCUAGUGUCCAUUGGGUCUCCUCUGGGUACCAUAGAGGGACUUUAGGAAAUGGUGAACAGCCUCAGAUUGAUGUAAAGUGUAUGUGUGUGUCUGUGUGUGUGUGCCUGUGUGUGUGUGCAUGUGUGUGUGUCUGCCUAUGGAGGAGACCACAGCUUUCAUCAAAUUCUCAUGUCUUGUGGUUAUAGGGCCUGCUCUUCCUUUCACUUCAUUAAGUCAAGUGGGGCUCUUCUAAACCCAUUCUUAUGUGCUAGGGGCUAGAGAUGAGAAUGAGAGACAGCAGGUAGAAGACAGGGGAAGUAACUCUAUAGAAGGCCUUCUAUUGAGUCAGUAUAAGUGAAAGACUUAGAGAGUGUCCAACCUGCAUCAGGACCAAAAAAAUUAGCUCUUAUUAUUAUUAUUACACCUUGCCAAAGCACUUCAUGUUUUCUCAACCUCACAACAACCCCACAAGUUCAGCAUAAGUCCCAUAUUCCAUUAGGUAGAACAACUAACCCAGGGUCACAUAGCGAGUGGUGGAGUUCAGAACUAUCUAAUUUCAAAGCUUAGAUUCUUCUUCUCCACCCUGUGGCCUGAAUUACUGGCCAGACUUUCAGUCUAGAGGCAGCCUCUCUUUCUACCCUUCAGGGUUUCACAUCUAAAGCCCAAGGGUCUUGCUCUUUCCCUGAGUCUGUCCAUCAGAACAGGCAUGAGGCCUAAAACUGAGCCCCUUCAAGCCAAGGCAUAAUCUACUUGCUUACAUAACAAAACCUUAGUCAUCCCAUUGAGAUUCCACACUCAAAGCCAAUUUCUCUCACAGGUCAUUGAGUACUAGUUACAGAUAUAAAAUCACGCUUAUCACAAUUAACUCCCUUGCCUUUAUGAUGCAGCCAAGUCAAAGCCCAAACAGGAAUAAAUUUUUUCUAGUAGUCACAAAUCAGAGGCGUGAGAAAGCUCUAUGCCAAAUCCACCAUUUUCUGAUUUCAAAAUCCAUGCUAAAAACUGCAGUUAAACAUUAGCUACCAAAACACCCUUCUAUCAAAUGAGAAUCAUGGUGAUUGCAUGUAUUGAGCACUUUCUAUGUGCUUGCUCUUUACGUGUUAUUUCUAUGCCUCAAAAGAGUCAGGCAGGUCAGAUAGAUGCUACUGAUUGAGAGGAUAAGCAAGUCCCAUAGGGUCACACACACAGUGAGGAGCAGAACCUGAACUCGAAUCCAGGCCUAUCUGAUGACAGUAACAGUGCUGCUAACCAUGCCCUUCCCAUCAACUCUCUACAGUCACUGUGAUUCAUGGUACCCAGGACCAACACUGGCCCUUGGCUUUCCCACAAACCACUUCCCUGAAAUCUGGACAACUUCUUGGGAGGAGGAGCCAUGGGAACAUGACAGAUGAACUCCAAAAUAGAAGACCUGGUGAGAGGUCCAGCUCUGCUGCUUCUCUAGCUCUGUCACCACGGGCAGAUCACUUAACUUUCCAAGGCCUCAGUUUCCUCGCCUACGCAAUGGAGAUGAGCGUGAAUGCCCCACAUUGCACUGAUUUAGAAGAGAGGAGGAGCUAAGGCUUAGGGGCUUUCCAGACACGAGUUAUCUUUACCCUUCCUUAACUCGCUAAUUCAAGACAACUAGGUGGAAGCCCUUUCUCAGCCUCCCUUCUUCGCUCAUCUUCAGAGUUCUUGGCCACCCCAUUUCCACCAACAGCAUCCUUCGCACUGCCCUCCUCCCAGGUAGGCUGCUGCUUAAUUUCCCCUCCAUUUCAGUACUUCUUCUCUUGCCUCGCUAGAAGGGCUGGUGUUGGGUGCUUGGAAUUCUGGCUAUUUUCCUCCUGCCCUUCCGACUCGGCACCAGUCUGUCUCCACUGAGAACGCAGCGCAUCCGGGCUGAGCUCUUCACUAGCCUGCUCCGCGCUCCUCAAUGCCAGCGCCAGGCGCUCACCCUGCAGAUCGUCCCGCCUCUCAAAGAGGGGUGUGACCCGCGAGUUUAGAUAGGAGGUUCCUGCUGUGGGGAACACCCCGCCGCCCUCAGAGCUUUAUCUGUGGCGCAGCCUCUCUGUCCGACCCACGCGCGGAGCUGCCGGGGGCUCCUUAGCACCUGGGCGCCGGGAUCCUCGCCCUUCCGCAGCCUUCACUCCAGCCCUCUGCUCCCGCACGCCAUGAGGUCGCCCUUCUACCGCUGCCAGAACACCACCUCGGUGGAAAAGGGCAACUCGGCGAUGAUGGGCGCGGUGCUCUUCAGCACCGGCCUCUUGGGCAACCUGCUGGCCCUGGGGCUGCUGGCGCGCUCGGGGCUGGGGUGGUGCUCCCCGCGUUCACUGCGCCCGCCGCCCUCGGUCUUCUACGUGCUGGUGUGUGGCCUGACGGUCACCGACUUGCUGGGCAAGUGCCUCCUAAGCCCCGUGGUGCUGGCUGCCUACGCUCAGAACCGGAGUCUACGGGUGCUUGCGCCCGCAUUGGACAACUCGCUGUGCCAAGCAUUCGCCUUCUUCAUGUCCUUCUUUGGGCUCUCCUCGACACUGCAACUCCUGGCCAUGGCACUGGAGUGCUGGCUCUCCCUAGGGCACCCCUUCUUCUACCGACGGCACAUCACCCUGCGCCGGGGCGCACUGGUGGCCCCGGUGGUGAGCGCCUUCUGCCUGGCUUUCUGUGCGCUACCUUUCAUGGGCUUCGGGAAGUUAGUGCAGUACUGCCCCGGCACCUGGUGCUUUAUCCAGAUGGUCCACGAGGAGGGCUCGCUGUCGGUGCUGGGGUACUCUGUGCUCUACUCCAGCCUCAUGGCGCUGCUGGUCUUCGCCACCGUGCUGUGCAACCUCGGCGCCAUGCGCAACCUCUACGCGAUGCACCGGCGGCUGCAGCAGCAGCGGCGCUCCUGCACCAGGGACCGUGCCGAGCCGCGUGCGGACGGGAGGGAAGCGUCCCCGCAGCCCCUGGAGGAGCUGGAUCACCUUCUGCUGCUGGCACUGAUGACCGUGCUCUUCACUAUGUGUUCUCUGCCCGUAAUUAUAUUGAAACCCUCAAAAUUGUCCUGGACAAGCAGCAGUAGCAACACCUGAAACUUACUACAAAUGCAAAUUCUCCAGCUCCACGUCAGACCUGUUGAAUCAGAAUCUCUUGGGUGGGGCCAGCAAUCUGGGCUUUAACGUGCCCUCCAGGUGAUUCUCAUGCAUGCUAAUAUUUGAGAACCACUGCUCUACACAAAACAAAACAAAACAAAAAAGAAAAAUACCAAAAAAAGAUAAGAAAGUAUGUGAUAGACUGUAUGUUUCUCUGACCUCUGAUUCUCAGAUCCUUUCAGUUGCAGAUAAUCUCUCAACACCUGAACUUCUACAGUGUUUUUAUCUAUAAUGUUCUCAGCAAAGUUACAGCUUUUAAAUAUCUUUCAAUAUUGGAAGCCAUUACUGAUUAUUUCCCAAGUUCAAAGUUCUUAUAGCAGUGAUGGGACCUGUCUUGCUCACUUGGAGGUAAAGAUGCUACCUUCGGCAAUGAUAUUUCUUUGGCCUCCUGCAGACACGUAAUUGGGCACUAAGUCCCUUGUGAAAGAAGAUAAACUAAAGAGCCUUCGUGUAUGAUGUCAAAGAUUAUAUCUAAAGUGAGCUUUCAUUAGGGAUUGAGUAUUUUCUAGCUCUCUAUAGAAUAAAAAUUUCCAUUGAAAUAUGUAAAGCUAUUUUUAAAAUUUCAUAAUUUGACUUUCUUGUAUAUUUUCAGGAAAAUAUUAUACAUUUAAUCUUUCUUUCCAGGCAUUAAAAUCCUUGAGGACUAGACAGUCACCUAUUUUUUUCUCAUUUCUCCUAGUAAUUCACACAUAUACUGUAGAAGAGCUAUAAAUAUACUAUAAAUAUAUUGAAUAAAAGGUGUUCUCUCUCAUGAUAGUCCUAAAAUGUACGUCUAUUCAAUAAGAGGCUGCUGUACGGCUUGGUUAAAGAUUCCUCUGUAUCUGAUGAAGAAUGUUCUCAUAUUACCAUGUAAGGAUUUUUCUCUUAGGCCAACCAAAGGUGAAAAUAGUACACGUAGGAGAAAAUAUUUUUGCUCUAUAUUAUUUCCCACUGUUAUAGACAUUAUGUAAGUUAACAUGUAUGUUUCAAUUUUUAUCCAGGAAAUAGCAACUCAUACAUGAUGAAAUUAACAACAUAAAAAGUUUGUUAAUUAGGCAAUCUUAACGUUGUAAAAACAACUUUGUCUUAUUAGAACAGUGUUGAGUGGCCUACUCUUUAAUUAUUUUCUUCAGUGAGGCUAGGAUUGCUGGUCUGGGUGUUCCUAGACUCUAGGUGGAGGAAAGCUGAGCGCGUAGGAUGGGUGGUACUAUAAUUAGGCUUCCUCUCCCUACCGUUUCACAAUAGCCAAAUUCAGUGGAAUGAAUUAGCAGAUCUCACCUGAUAUCAGUGAGAUGAACAUUCUAGUCUUCCAGAUAUUUUUAUACAAAUUGCAUGAACUCAGGAGUAAGUUCAAUUUAAAAAUAUUUGCAAUGAAGGUGUUUAGAACCUAUCAUGCUCUGGUUACAAAUACAGGGAGAAGAUACAAGCUUUUUUUCCCCCCAACUAAAAUGCCUCAACCAGAGAAGACAAUAAAAAUACAGUCAAGUCAAAGCUCAAAUGAAAGUAUAUUUUAGGCGAAGUAUAGGGUCCUAUGAUGAUCUUAAACCCAGUAAGCACUUGGAGUCUAAUUGGAAACACAAGACAAACUAGAAGUUAAAAAUCAUGCAAUGUAGUGCAAAUGUUACAAAGUACUAAAGUAUGAGUUAUAGAUUUCAAAACAAUAAAGCCCCAAAUUGGUGAUAAUCGAUGUUUAAGAUUAGUCUAGCAAUGCACUGUAUAAACACCUGGGCAAACAAAGUUGGUAGCUUGCCAACAUCAGUUUCUUAUCACUACAAAAUAGAAUAUGGAAACAAUAACUGUCAUGACACACAAUUCAUAAUGAAUUUAGAAAAUACUGUUCAUUCCCCCCAAAUUUAAAAACACCCAGAGUUCCCAAUUAGAUGAAAAAGAUAAAUUACAGUGAUUUACUGAUUAUGAUUGUGUGAAAGUAAAAAAAAUCUUGGGACCCCAAACUCACUAAGCCAAAUGGAAACGUCAAGUUAGAAACUGGGUCAUGCCAACCUGCAUCUCAUUUUGGUUCCUAAAUAAGAUGGCUAAAAUACAAAAAGCUACAUACCUCCAUCACAUUUCGCCCACAGGGAAAUUCCUUGGAGGCCCCAAGACUUUUACCCUAAAGUGUUUCUGUUAAGAUGCAUCAUGGCAAUGUGAAUCGAUAGCUUUUCUCCACAGGUGUGGGGACACAGGCGCGAACUCAAAGUCAUCCCUCUGCCCACCUGAGACAAAUGCAUAUCUGAUUGUUUCCUCUGCUCUAUCGUCUACAUUAUCUAUAUUAUGUAAAAAUGCAGAUUCACUGAGCCAGACAAAGGCAUGAAUGACUGUUUUCCCCUACCCUCUUCUCACAUGAAAAUUAUGUAUUUCUCAAUAUCCUUCCCUUUCCCCUUUAGAUAUUGAAACCCUCAAAAUCAUCUUUGGGGAAAGGAAUAGACCUAUCUCCCAGGUGUGUAUCCUUAACUUUGGCAAAUAAACCUCAAAAAAUCAUGGAGAUUUGCCUGGGUCAUUUUCCUUAAUUGACCACGGAGGGAUCCUGAGUGAAGGUGGCCCCAGCCUGCAGCAGCUCUCCUAUUGGUACCAGUUUGGGCUCUUUAUAGCCCAAACCAAUAGGACAAUUUGUCGAGGUCUGGGACCUCCUCCCUCAGGAAGUUGGGGCUCUGAGUUUAAUUUGAUGUUUAAAAAAAAAAACUUUUUUUUUUUUUGUGGGAGUUUUUACUUGCUUCCGUCAAGGAAGGCAAGCUUGUCUGCUUCUUAUCAGUGGAGAACAGUCUUCAGCUUGAGCCUCAUCACUAGGUAAGGAGCUGAGUUGGGAUUCUGUCUUGCAAAUUCUCGUUAAUAACUAAAGUUACUGUUAACAACCAGCUGGUCUUGAUUUCUCCUUACAUUUAGAGCACUCAGAAAUUGUAUAAUUUGUGAUUGCUGUUCGUUUUGCUUAGAUGUCUUGUUUAUUUGUUUCUGUCUUGUUAGGUAUUUUUGUAUGUUUCAGUCCUUCUCUUAUUGGAUUUGGCCAACUCUAAACCCUCUAGCUUAUGAGUAUGGAAUUUUCCUCCCCAAAGAAAUAACAGCACACCACUCUCAGAUGUGCAAUGGCUCUGAGUAGGAUUUCCCAUCAGAAGAACAUACUUAGGGUCUAAUCUCAGCUAGCAGGUGCAAACAAGGAGCUCAUCUCCCACACCUUGAGCCCCUGACACACAGUGCCAGGUAGCCACCAUACCAGUUCAGGGAGUAACGGCCCUGAAAAGCUAGGUCCCCAAGCAGCACACUUUGGAUCCAACAAACCCUCUGACUUGGUCAAAUCUGAAAGAAAAUUCUAAAUUAUGUGGAAGGAGCCCUUUAAGUUGGCUAAAAGCCCCACAGCUGUGGAACACAAAGUUCCACCCUUAGAAACUCCAGCCAGGUAUAUGCAAAAACACUUAGAGUGAAUUGUCAUGCAAAUAUUUAAUCAAGUGGACCACUAUAACCAAGGCAGAUUCUAACUUACAGCGGCCUUGAUGGGGAUCUUCUGAGAUGCCCAACUUAGUGUACCUGUGAACUAGGAUGCAAAACGCAGGCACAAAAACUAAACAACCAGAAUGGGAGAGCUACUUUCAGUGGUACCUUGAGAGGAGCAAAUAGGGGGAAGAUCGCCUCAUGUCCUUACAAGAAGCCAACAAACAACUUAGAGUCCUAACCAAGGACUCUCUAAAGUUCUGUCUCUCUUAAAGAAAUCCUCAGAAUCCCUUACUUCCCCGUGGCACCUCCCCAUCUCUAAUUACACCCCCACUUUAUCCCUGACCUCUCUGAACUUCUCGGACCAGAUCUGUUCCCUCCUUCUCCUGCAUGUUUCAAUCUAACAUCUUCCCCUCCUUAUAUGCCACUCACUCAACAGAAGGCAGUAGGGAGUCUAACUUUCAAGACCCUACCUCCUGACAAUUCCCUGACAGUGCCAGCAGCAGCCUCUCAUUUGGAAGAUGUGGAAAAGUGGGACCCCGCAGGGCCAUCUCUCAUGAUCACCCUGUUUUGGGAACAACCGGCAACACGUAGGGGAACCCCGGUGAUUGUCUACCAACCCUGGUCAAAGGUUGAGUUGCAGGGCAUAAAGAAUUUCUGGGUCUGCAUAAGAUCCAAUUGGGUUUGCCCAAGAAUUUGAAUUCAUUAUCAGAACCUAUGACGCAGGCCAUUCAGACCUCUAACAGCUGGUACACAUGUUGGUCUCGGAAGCUAAAGCUAAGGAAUGACUGGAGAAAGUACAGUGGUCAGACCCUGUAGCAGACUUAACCCCUGAAGGCCCAAUAGAGCUACAAUAACCAGCCCCCAGAAAUCGAGAGCACAGGCACAAAGAUGCGUGGGAAUGAGCAACUGCUCUGUUAAAUAUCAUUUCUUCAACAUUCCAAAGGGUUGUGGAUUGGAAUAAAAUCCAGCAAUGCCACCAGAACCCAAAUGAAUCAAUUUUAGAUUAUUUUAUACAUUUUGACUGAGAUAAUAUGCUCCAAAUAAUUAACUUACACUCUCUUGCCUGGUUCUUCUGAUGAAAACCCUCAUGACUAUGUUCUGAUGACUGACCAACUUCUCGCUCCCAGGACAGCCCUACAAGAGAUGCCACUGGAUAAUGCUGAGAUAGAAUGGUAUACAGAUGGGUCUUAUUUAAGAGGGGAGGAUGGAAAUUUUAGAGCAGGAUAUGCUGUGGUUUCUUUACUAGAGGUAAUUGAAGUGGUCCUCUUCCUCAAGCCAAAUCAGCUUAAGGGGCCAAAUUGAUUGCCCUGACUUAAGCUUGUCAAUUAGCAAAAGACAAGACUGUGAACAUACGCUGACAGCUGCUAAGCAGUUGGAGUUGCUCAUGACUUUGGAAUGUGAAAGGAGAGAGGAUAUUUAACCUCCUCAGGGCAACAACACAUAAAAAAUGGACAACCAAAUAUCAGAGCUGUUAGAAACUAUUCUCAACCAAAACUUUUGACAAUUGUGAAAAUCCCAGGUCACUCUACAUUGGACACCACUAAAAGUGGAGUUAAUUAAUUUGCUAUUGCUACAGCUAAAAAAGCAGCAUUGAAGCCACCAGCCCCAAUCCAAAAAAUGAUCAUAAAGCCUGAAACACUUAAAAACAUAUCGAAGGAAACCUAGAGUGUAGCCCCAACAAAAGAGAAAUCCACAUGGAAACAGACAGGGAGACACCUGUCUCCUGAAACUAAAAUAUUGUAUGGACUUAAUAAUAAACCAUUACUCCAAUGGGAUGUCAGGUACCCCUUAAGGAAUGUGUUAAUAACUUGAUACAUUGGAAUCCAGAUAAAAGUAUAUCCUAGUGUAAACAAUGUUACUGGAAACCAUCCUCCACAGUGGCACAAAAAGAUUUAUUCCCAGUGUGUUAUUUGUCCUAAGUAUAAUCCAGGGAAGCUCCUCCAUGAGGCCCAAGGUCAUUUUCCCCUUCCAGCUGGACCUUUUGAGAUACAGUAGCUUGAUUUUAUCCAGCUGCCAUCCUCUCAAGGUUACAUGUCUUAGAAUGGUCUGCAUGUUCAAAAUGAAAAUGUAGAUAAUGAAGGAUACCUGAAGUCACUGUAGGUCUAUUCCUGCUGAUUCUGACUGAUGUUACCUUAUUUUCUGGUGAGCUUGAGUAUUAUGAGAACACAUAUUCUGGAGAUUCUCUGAUGCCUAAAAUGAUGGUGCCUUCCUCCAGAGGGGAUUUGCACUCUCCAGGCACCUAGGGUCGGUCCAGGACUUCUUUAACCCAGUUUGGGGCAUAGGGUUUUUUGGACCAUCCAGUUGAGGUGAAUUGGAGUUACAAACUCACACAGACUUCCAGCACGUGCUUGUCACUUCACAGAGAUCAGGUUUUUCUUUACUUUCCCUCCUCUGCACUGUUCAACACAAAAGAAUUUUUUUUUCCCUUAAGAUCUCCUGGGGGAGUGUUGGAGGGUUAGAGGGUAAAAGUGGGUUUAGGUUUACUUCUAGUUCAUUCCUGACCUAAGGAAGGGUGGAGGAAGGUUUCCUAUUAGACUCCCCACCUUUGCCGGAACAUAAACUUUAAUUUCUGAACUUAUGGACCCUGAAAGAAUAAAAACAAUAAAAUCCAGCUUUCCUUCAUUGACAUAUGUCCUCAGAGGCAAAAGCAACUUCUGUGUUCUGAGACAGGGUCUGGCUCUGUCUGCCAGACUGGAAUGCAGUGGCACGAUCUUGGCCUACUGUGA